UCAGGGAGGGUUACUGAGGAGAGAGCCUGGAGUGAGAAAGAACAGAGGGUUAUCAGAGCAAGGAAACAUGAAGACUCUAAUAACAGGCUUGUUUUUUGUCCUCUUGAGCUUCCACUUAGCUCAUUCAUUGGAAUGCUAUCAAUGUGACUAUGGAACCUGUCUAAUUAAAUCUAAGGUGAAUUGCGGACCUCUUGAGUCCUGUGUGACAUAUUCCGCCACAGUCGCUGGAAUAACCUUAAGGAAGAGAGGUUGUGCGACUCCCACUCAGUGUAUAACGGAAUCCUCUGAGACAUAUACUGGCGUAACCGUGAAAACGACUCCUUCGUGCUGUAUAUCCGAACUCUGCAACUCUGCCAUCACCCCCAGGCUGUCUGCUGUCACUGGAAUAGCUGUUCUGGUUGCCCUGUGGUUCGCUAAACUGUUCUGAGUUUAUGAAGUCCAGUCUGUAUUUCGAGGAACACAGACAAAAUGGAGAUGAUCCAAACACAAUCUUCCAUCUUUCACAGAGAACGAACGCUCUGCUUUUUGCACAACGCCAACCAUUCACCUGUCUCUACGCUAUAAUUACUUGAAAAUCAGUAAACAUGUUGCUUGUUAAUGUUACUUUUCAUCCUUUGCAUUGAAAGUUUACCAUUCCGUGUCCUCUCCUGUCUUCAUUUUUCUAUGCUUUUCAGAAUUUUCUUCCAUGCAUAGUAUGCCUUCCUUAAUCACGACAGAUCUCCGUAACAUUCUGUGUCUCUGUACAAUUACCAUUGUACUGCCUAGUCCCAUGUUUCCUGUCUGGGCAUAACAUCCUUCCUUUCUCUUCUCAAAUCUUCUAUUCUAAAACUGGUCAAACAAUGAAACAGAUUUUCAAGGUUUCUAGUUUUUGAUUAAAGAGUUUUGUAAGUAUAUUCUGUAGAGAAAUAAAAAAAAAGUCUUAUGGGUGUUUUUGAGAUUU